CUGGUGAUCUUCCCAUAUUUUUUCAUCAAAACUUGAAGAGCAUUCGUGGGUUGAGUCCUGAUCAAUGCACAAAAGAAUUAUUUACAAAUAUUCCACACCUAAAGAAGGUAGAGAUUUUAUGUGAACAUGAUUGGAGUGCUGAUUUCAUUAAUAACCUUGCCUAUUCACACCAGCUCCAAAAUCUGCAUCUUCUUGGUACAUUAUUAGGGCCUCAGUGGGUGUUUUCAAAAAGAAAUAUUAACCACCUUCUUUGCUUGAAAAACCUUAUGAAGUUGAGGAUUACGGGUUUUACAUUUGAGUGGAAGGCAAUUAAUAUUCUUAGCAAGUUGCCUAAACUUGAGGUGUUAAGACUAACAGCUUGGAAGUGCAUUGGUGAGGAGUGGAAACUAUUGGAGGAGGAGAAUUUCAAUCAUUUAAUUUAUUUGAAAAUUGCUUUCGUUGAUCUAAAGCAUUGGGAAGCAACUGCCUAUCAUUUCCCAAAUCUUAAGCGCCUAGUUCUUAAAGGGUGUCGGGAAUUGGUAAAGAUCCCAGCUGACUUUGCAGAAAUUCUAAAUUUGAAGUCAAUCGAAUUGACUAAGUGUCUUUGUUCUGCGGUGGAUUCUGCAAAGGAAAUUCAAGAACAGCAACAUGAGUGUGGAAAUGAUAAUAUGGUUGUCAUUGAGAAAAAUACUUUAGUGCCUCGCUACAGAUGAUGAUGAACUAGAGCUAUAUAGUUGAAUAAAAGCAAAAAAAUAAAAAAAAUAAAAGGUAUGUUUACAGUCAAC